GACACCAAUCGAGAGGAAGUUUUUCUCGCGGUAGCAGAGCGGUGAACGACGACGACGAUGGAGACCCUCCCCUGUGAUUUUCGGGAGGGGAUGGAAACCCUACCUUGUGAGAUUCGUCAGGCGAUGGAGGUACUGAACAAGGAUAAGGCCGACCGGAUCCAGGAGAUUGCGGAGAAGCAGGCGAUCGAGAUGAUCCAAUGGUACUAUGAUAAGCUGAAGGAGAAGGAACCGGAUUCUUAUGAAGACUCGUCAUCGUCUGAUGACGAAGACUCGUGUGAGUCUGAUGAAGAUAGGUGUCGUCGUGACUGGAACCGUCUAUAUGCCGGUAUGUUCGGCUCCUUCGAUGAUUUCACUGCUAUCCCAGCCAUGCGUUACACGGAUAAGCCCGCGCCUCCCAACUUCGCCUGGGAGGAUGAUACUCUUCAGAUCUUUUCAAUCGAAGUCAUGGGAAUAGAGCAGCAAAAAUUAGAGUGGCCGCUAGGUGUGUUUGGUAUGGUUGCCGCACGCGACUCGCUGGAUCACGAUCGCUGGAUCACAAUCACAACAUUAUCUUCAGUCGUGAACGGGACAAUCGUCAGACCAUCAGUGAGGAGAGUCCCUAUCUAGAACUCACAGGCCCUACACGUGCUGUUGUGGUGUCGGAUCGUGCGGACUUUGAGGUUAAGCUGAAAGUGAAGGGCGCUAGUGAAUCCGAGGAUGAAUAUUUAAGCUGUGUA